AUGGAGUAUGGUUCAAGAGAUCAGAGGACUUUGGUUUNAAGCAAUCUUGUUCAGUUGGAAGAGUUCAAAAGAGCAAUGAAGAUGGAAUUUGACAUGACUGAUUUGGGUGAAAUGAGCUACUUUCUUCGCAUGGAAAUAUACCUAAGUUUAAAGGGUAUAUUUGUGUGUCAAAAGAAGUAUGCAAAUGAGGUGCUAAUUAAGUUCAAUAUGGACAAUUGUAAAUCAGUUGAUAUCCCUCUGAUUCCUAGCCAGAAGCUGAGCAAGGAAGAUGGUGCCAAAUGGGUGGAUGAAGGUGUCUAUAGAAGCUUGAUAGGAUGCUUGUUGUACUUGACAGCAACCAAGCCUGAUUUGAUGUACACCACCAGCCUCCUGUCUAUAUUCAUGAGCAAGCCAAGUGAGAUGCAUUAUAAGGCUGCAAAGAAGGUGCUACGGUACAUUAAGGGGUCUACUGAGUUAGGAAUCUGGUUCAGAAGGGCAGAAAAAUUCAGUUUAAUAGGCUAUUCAUAUAGUGACUGGGCAGGCUCAGUUGAUGAUAUGAGAAGCACUUCUGGAUAUGUUUUCUUUGUUAACCAUGGUGUCUUCAGUUGGCUCUCCAAAAAACAGGAGACAGUAGCCCAAUCUACUGCUGAGGCAGAAUACAUUUCUGCUGCAGCUGCUACAAACCAGGCAAUCUGGUUGAGAAAAAUUCUGACAGACUUGAGGCUGAAUCAAGAUNUUGAAGUGUAA